AGAGCUGUUUGAUUUUUUUUGCGAGCUGUUCCGCGUCAACUCACUUCAAAGAGUCGAUUCUUCGGAACAGCUCAUGAGCGGAUGGCACAUCUCUAGCUAGUAGACAAACUCAGUUGAUAGAGAAUAACAAACAUUCUUAACCGAUCAGUGAAUCUGCGCGAAAAUGUCCGUCGUAGCUGAACCAACUCGUGAAAAAGCAUUGCAAGAUUAUAGGAAAAAGCUAUUGGAACAUAAAGAAGUAGAAUCUCGUUUGAAGGAACUUCGAGAAUCAUUGAAGGAACUUACGAAGCAAUUUGAUAAAUCGGAAAAUGACCUAAAAGCAUUGCAAAGCGUUGGCCAAAUUGUUGGCGAGGUUCUGAAACAAUUAACCGAGGACAAAUUCAUUGUUAAAGCAACGAAUGGACCGCGCUAUGUCGUUGGAUGUCGACGACAAUUGGACAAAACUAAACUGAAAUCGGGAACUCGAGUAGCGUUAGAUAUGACAACGUUGACAAUCAUGAGAUAUUUGCCUCGGGAAGUUGAUCCGUUGGUAUAUAAUAUGUCCCACGAAGAUCCCGGUGAAGUAACAUAUUCCGCUAUUGGCGGACUUUCUGAACAAAUUCGGGAGUUAAGAGAAGUAAUAGAGCUUCCAUUGCUGAACCCGGAAUUAUUCCUUCGCGUAGGGAUUACACCCCCUAAAGGUUGUUUACUGUAUGGACCUCCAGGUACAGGGAAAACCCUUCUCGCUCGUGCCGUUGCUUCGCAGUUGGAUGCCAAUUUUUUGAAAGUCGUUUCUUCUGCUAUCGUUGAUAAGUACAUUGGAGAGUCAGCUCGUUUGAUUCGUGAAAUGUUCAAUUACGCCCGUGACCACCAGCCUUGUAUUAUAUUUAUGGAUGAAAUUGAUGCUAUCGGCGGAAGACGUUUUUCCGAGGGCACUUCGGCCGAUCGUGAAAUUCAACGUACUCUGAUGGAACUACUAAACCAGAUGGAUGGAUUCGAUUCUCUGGGUCAAGUGAAAAUGAUUAUGGCAACUAACAGACCGGAUACACUUGACCCUGCUCUUCUGCGUCCUGGACGUUUGGACAGGAAGAUUGAAAUACCCCUACCGAACGAACAAGCGAGGUUGGAGAUUUUGAAAAUACACGCUGGUCCAAUCGCCAAGCAUGGAGAUAUUGAUUAUGAAGCUGUAGUGAAGCUUUCGGACAAUUUCAACGGUGCUGAUUUGCGUAAUGUGUGCACGGAAGCCGGCCUUUUUGCAAUUCGUGCCGAACGUGAGUAUGUCAUUCAAGAGGAUUUCAUGAAAGCGGUUCGAAAAGUAGCAGAUAACAAAAGACUGGAAAGUAAGUUGGAUUAUAAGCCAAUCUAAGAUACUAUGAUGUGUGUCGUGAAAUUAUUAUUAAUAUUUCCGAUCUAUACAUCCAUUUUCAUCAAUGAUAAAAUAAAUAUCUG